AUGGCCGCCCAAACGUCUCCGUCAACCACAAACCUGCACGGCCUUCCUCCCAUCCCGCCGUCUCCAACCCAUUCUUUCGCCUCAACUGCUUUCCCCACAGCAUCCAUAAACUUGCCUCCUCCUCCACCUCCGCUACUACCAAAGAACUUUCUAUCUAGGUCAGAUGUUGCCGCUUCGAUAUUGGCCUAUCAAGGCCUCCUCGAUGCGGCGAAGGUUUAUCGGAAAGCCAUGGCUGCAGUAGCUGCUGCUGCAUCAUCGUUUGGCGCUGCUUUAGAAUCUUGUGCGAAAUGUAAAGGAGCCGGUGAUACCGCCGAAGGGCUUAUGAACGCUGGCGGUCUUCAAUAUCUUAUCGCUAGCAAUACACAUAUUCUUUCUGAAAGCUUGUACAGGGGUUUUGAGGUACCUUUGUUGCACGAAUUGGAUAGUUAUAAGCAAAAAAACAAUGAGAACGAGGAGCAAUACAAGAAAGAAGCCAAUGAAAAGAGCAAAGAGCUUCGGAAGCGUGAGCAGGAUCAUUUGAAACUUGCGCGACAAAGGAAAAGAAACCUAUCUUCUUUUCGCACCGCGCUGGUCGAUCUCACUAGACAAAUAGAUGAACUUGAUAAUCUCAAAUAUGGCCAUUAUCGUUCAGCUUUGGCUCUUUCACAGGAAACCUCAUCUCGGAUUCUCGACUCUUCAGCUCUUGUUGUAAGGGCCGAAAUUGAAAUUUUCGAGAAGAUAGCCCAGAAGGGCUGGGACUCGUCGGGGGGGUUGGAUGAUUUGAUAUCCCGUUCUGCAGACCCUUUUGCGCCGGAGCCUGGUAGUGGACCAAAUGGGGAAGGCGAGAUUUUCUCUAUCUUACCAAGUCACAGCAAUACUGGUGGGAGUGAAGGGAAAUAUCAGAGUUUGACUGGCGCAUUAAACAACGGCGACUUUGACGAGUACGAAGAUGACGAUAGGGAAGAUUGGAAUACCCCCGUUUUCACCUUCGGCUAG